CGCUGCUUUUCACACCCUCAACCACUUGACUCUGGGACCCGCCUCCGUCCCUUUUAACGGCCUUGUUCAGGACGGAGGACACACUCUCUCAAUGUCCGUCCUCAUGUAUUUUUCAUGCUGUUGAACCCUCGCCGGUCGGCCCGAGCAGCUCCGGGCUCCAGCUCCCUUCUAACGGCAUUCAUGGACCCAAACCCUCCGCUGUCCGCUUCGCUUUAACGGGCUGCAGCCGCCGAAUCCUCCGUGAGGACACAAACCUGGAACUUCUCCCGCUUCUGUCUCUCCCUGUGCCUCCUUUCGCGUCAUGUCAUUUGGCACCAGCGCAAAAAUAGGAUUCUCUGUGCGGGAUAUCCUUGAUCUUCCAGACCGGUCCGGGAGAUGCGGGUCCGGGACCGAGGAGACCGAGGAGGAUGAUGCUGAAGAGGCCUCAGCGGAGGCUCCGGAGUCGGAAAACGCGCAGAAACUGGGAUUUAGCCGCCGGAGUUUGUGUGAGCGCAGCGGUGGAGGCUUCGAGAGGUGGAGCUGCGCAUCCGGUAACCUGCAUUUUUCAUUACAUGGUAUGUCCUUAGAGCCCCGCACCGAUCCCAAGUCCCCCGAACUCUCCAUGGAUGAGUCCCCGGACGCAGAUCGGGAGCAGCCGUGCGGAGAGACACAGAAGAGCCGCGGCAGGAAGCGGCGCGUCCUCUUCUCCAAGGCGCAAACCCUGGAGUUGGAACGGCGCUUCAGGCAACAGCGCUACCUGUCCGCCCCGGAGAGGGAGCACCUGGCCGGACUGAUCCGCCUCACGCCGAACCAGGUGAAGAUCUGGUUUCAGAACCACCGCUACAAGAUGAAGCGCGCCCGGGCCGAGCGCACCCUGGACGCGUUGCAGCUGCUGCCGGCUCGCCGGGUCGCCAUCCCGGUCCUGGUCCGGGACGGGAAGCCCUGCGACCGGAUCACAGCGCACGACCUGGAGGCGACGCUCCGGUCCGGCCUCAGCCUGCCUCUGUGCGCCUACUCCCCGCUGCUGCACCCCGCAUACGGGCCGGAGCACGGCGGCCUGCCGCAGCAGCACCCAGGGGUGCAGCAGCUGGCGCACAUGUACCACUGGAGCUGGUGAAGACAAGACUUUAACUGAAGGAGACAAAAAUAUGGACAGGUCCACUUUAUGCGCUCGUAUUUGGCCUUAAAAUUAGAGUUUUUGAUUAAUGUUCCCCGCAGAGAAACUACUGUUAAAUGAUAAAGAGCACAUUUGGAGGAGUGAGAAGAUUCUGUCUUUUUUAAAAUUGAGUUUGGCGCGUAUCAGGACAAAUUUAAUUCUCCAGAGGGACUGAGUCUGGAAACAAAACAGAUUAAAACGAAAGAUGUAAAGUUAAAAUAGUUCAAAAAACCCUUCUUAAGACAGUAAUUAAUGUAAAGACAAACUUCUCCAACAAAUACCCCGUUUUCCUGUUUCAAACCGGCUUGAAAAAAUGCACCCUGUUUUUAAUUUCUCUCCUUCACGCAGACAAAAACAGACUUUAAUCCUCGUUCAGACGCGCAACACGUCUAAAACUACUGUUUCCACGAGCGGGAAGUCCAACUGACAAAGAAAAAACAGACCAAACCAAAUGUUUUAUUGGUUUUUGCUAGUUUGUGAGAUUUGUUUUGUUGUUUACGCCGUGUUUGCUGCAAAAUGUCACUUUUACCGCAAGAUAGUUUUUUUUUGUCUCUUCACUGUGUUUUUUAAAAUCUAUUUAUAAUGUUGACCGGUGAGUGGGUUUUUAAUAAACUCAGUAUUUAUGAUGGUAAAUAAAGGUUGGCGCAGGUCUGAGUGGUUUGAUUCCAGCCUGGACUGAGGAAGAUGAGGAUAUGAUCUAUUUUUUAAACUGACUGUUGCGCAUUAUCAGAGCCUUUCUCUCUUUUAUGCUGUAAAUAAAUAACCUUAAGUCAAAAAUCUUUAAUAAAUUGAUUGAAGUUUUGGA